CAUCCAAGUUGGGGGUGUAGGCCACUCAGUCACAUACAAUCAAAGAUGUUUGAGUUUCCAUGCGCAGUGACUAGGGAGGUAAACCGCAGAGCAUUACUACCCCUCCUCCAGCCCCAGGCGCUCGGGCCUCCACACUUUAGGGGUUUAAUCAGAAGAAUCUUUUUUUCUGUCUAAAUAGAAACUGGUCAUGCGAUGCGAUUUGUUUCUGCCGGACGACAGAAGAAAAAACUAGAUAAGACCUGUUGACGAUGAUGGAUUACUCAAAGGCGCAAUUGUCAAGCUUAUCCGAGGAGGGCAGUUCGGCUGGGUGUCCUCAGUCCAGUCCUGCUGGAGUGAAGCUGGAGGCGAUGAUGGAGCAGCUGCAGAGACAACAAGGAGCCAAACUGGAGAUGAACCUGCAGGAGAAACAUCUCCUUCAAGCUCAGUUCCUGUUCGCUCAGCACGCUGCUGCUGCUGCAGCCAGAGCCUCGGGCUCCAGGCUAGACUCUGCAUUAUUUGGCAAAGCAGAUGGAAGGACUUAUCAAGAAGCCCAACAAGCUUUGAACAGCCAUCUCAGCAGAAUGGAUCCAGAUGAAGAGGAUGAAGACACAGACGAGGAGGAGGAUGAACGAGAGAUGGCGGAAGUAGAUGAAGAAGAGGAGGAGGAAGAGGAGAAUGGGCCUCAUCAGCAGGCGAAGAAGGCCAGACUCCAGCAGGUUCCUGGCUUCCCCUUCCCUCCUUACUCCACACCUCAAUCAACUGCUGCGAAGCAAAUGUCUGAAUCUCCACCUCCAGCAAUAAAACAGGAGCAGGAGGAGAAGGACCUGCCAUCUCCCGCAGGCCCUCACGCCUUCACAUCACCCAAUGGUUUCACCGACUGGGGCUAUGAUGAGUCAUUUAAACAAAGAGGAAGUGCCAUCUGGGCUGAGGAGAAUGAUGGAGGAAAAGUAAGAGGGGAACCAUCCAGGGACUUUGCCAAGCUUUAUGAACUGGAUAAUGACCCACAACGGAAGGAGUUUCUUGAUGAACUCUUUGUCUUUAUGCAGAAACGAGGAACUCCUGUGAACCGCAUCCCCAUCAUGGCAAAGCAGGUGCUGGACCUGUACAAGCUAUAUAAGCUGGUCACAGAGAAAGGAGGCCUGGUGGAGGUUAUUAACAGGAAGAUCUGGAGGGAGAUCACCAAAGGUCUCAACCUCCCCACGUCGAUCACCAGCGCAGCCUUCACCCUACGCACCCAGUAUAUGAAGUAUCUGUACCCGUUUGAGUGUGAGAAGAAGGGACUGAGCUCUCCUGGUGAGCUGCAGGCUGCCAUCGACAGUAACCGCAGAGAGGGUCGGCGUCCCAGCUACACCAGCAGCUUGUACCGCUACUCUCCCUCCCCGAGCUCUGCUCCACACGCCCUCCUCUCUUCUCCCACGAUGCAAACCCCCUCAGCCGCACACAAUGGCCUGAAUACAUCCGCUAGUCCAAAUCUGAAGAGAAACACAGAUGAGACCUCCACCCCUGUAAUACCCAGCCGGCUGCCCAUGGCUCUGGCACUGGGGCAGCAGCAGCAACUGGCACAAGCUGCCACAUUAGAGCAUCUCAGAGAGAGGCUGGAGCGAGGGGCAGGAGGAGCUGCAGCUGACCCUCCAGAGAAGAAAAUGAUGCGGCUGGCGGAGGAGCAGCAGCGUCUCAUGCAGCAGGCCCUCCAGCAAAACCUCCUGGCCAUGGCCUCCCACUUCAACCCAACGAACCUCAAGCUUAACAAUGGACAUGAGACCAAACAAGAUUUGUCUCUGAGUAUCUCCACUAAUGGGGCAGCAAGUAUCAGUGUAUCAGUGGAGGUCAAUGGGACUAUUUACUCAGGAACGCUGUUUGCCCAGAAGCCAGCUGCUCCUGUGGCGUCACAGGCUGUAACUCUGGCGGGAACAAGUGGUUUCAGUGCCCUCUCCUCCUCACACAGUCCUUCAUCUUCAUCUUCCACCUCCUCAAAGGGACCGAAUUAAGGUUCACUGGCUCUUAAAUCUGGUCUGGGCAAAAUAAUUACACAGUAUUCCUCUCUCAGACAAGAACUAUAUGAACUUUAGGGAAAAUCAGCUGCAGCACAUGAAGCAAUUCCAUUUUUUUCUUUUUUUUCUUUUAUUUUUUGUAGCAUUGUUUUUCCAGUAUUUCAACAGCGUAAUGUGCUUUAAAUGAUUCAUGUCAAGACAAUAUUGAUGUUUGACCUCAAAGGCUUCCAAACUGACUAUAAUGUAGAUUCUGGUCACAGUUUACCUUAGUGCCUGUCUAGUGAAGCUUUUUUCAGAUGUAGUGACAUUCAUGUGUAGCAAAGGGCUUUACAAAGUUUGUCCAGAAGUGUCUUUAUAGCAGAAAAAUGCACAAUGACAACCAAUCCCAAGCUCUUUUGGGUGUCACUUACAUUUAUAGUUAAUUAUCAAACAGUUCUAUAGCUGCCCUUUUUCCAUAGUUGUCAGUAGAACAGUGUGUUUGCCAAAGUGCAGCUAAUGAGGACCAAAGAGUCGUAACUCAGUGUCGUAGCUCCUGUCUGUAACAGUUUUGCUGAAGCCAUUUUUUUUAUCCCUAUCGGUAAAAAUGUGGUUAAAUUUGAGUGAAAGCUUAUUGUUUAUACCUUUCAUCGCAGCUUUCAGAAAUGAUGUACAUCAUCAGUUUUCAGAAGUUGUGUCUCCUGAAGAAUCAAAUAGAAUUUAAAAGAAAUUGGUUGGAAGUUGGUUGGAUUUGUUUUAUGUUUUGUGCUGUUUUAUUUUAUUUUUUUUCUAUUUGAUUUUUUUUUUUUAUUUAAUCAUUUGAUGCAGCCUGAAAAGUGCAAACAUUUAUUUUAUGUCAGCUGUGAAUCAAAGGCAUAAUUUGAUAGACAUAGUUUCUGCUGGGAUCUUAUGCUAUAUGUAAGAAAGAAGUGAUACAACAUUUACCUCAUUUGACUUCCCGUGUUGGUAAGUUUCUCUGGAAUUUCUUCUGGACUCAGGAAUGUUCUCUGGACUCAUCACUGUUAUACUCUAUCUCAUAAUAUAUUGCUGUGUUGUUUGUAUAAAGGCAGAGAAUGUAUUGUUAAUGACCUCAAGCUUUUGACAAGUGAACACUGAAACAGUGCUACCUCACUCCUCUAGAGAAAUAUGCAAUACUUGCAAUGCAGCGUGUGUUGUUUCAGCCAUCUGAUGAAAUAUACUGCAUGUGGACAAUCAAGUAGACAUAUCAUUGCAAACAAAUGUCACUGUGAACUUGACAUCUGUAAAAAAUCAAGGUUAAUGUUUAACUCUGUUUUGGUCUUUGAUUAACAUAUUUCUCAGACGUGGCCAUGAGGAAUAAAGCAAUCGUGUGUGCUGUAGAAAGACUAUUCUGUGAUUGUGAACAUUUCGGAAAUUCAUGGAAAGAUCAUAAUAAUUUGCUACUGGAGCUACUAAAGUUUUUCAU